AUGUCGAAGUCUUUACUUCGGGAUGUGCUCAAACGGAAUCAAGAGAAGGGCAAGGCACCCGAGACGCAAACGCUGGUUGACUCAAGCGAGAAGUCAACAACAGGCUCGUUCAAUCCCUCUUCCUCGCGGCGAAGCAUGAAGAGCCUGUUGCUGCCCAGCUCUUCAGCAAAGAGCAUUUCUGGCUCGAUCCGCUCGUCUGGCGCGGCCUCGUUACGGUCUAUCGCGUCGCUGGCCCAGUCAAUGGUCAGCUUCUACAGCAUGAUAACUGGCGGGGACCGUGUUCCGAAACGGCGAAGGCCGGAUUUCUCCAAACUAGGUGUACCGGAAUGGUAUGCCGAAGACCCUCCGCCGGCGCCUUUGAUGCCUGGAACUGCUGAACACUCGCCCGUGCCGCCGUUAUAUGUGAGGGGAAUGGCCAAUGUCAUUCAUGAGCGGUUUCCUGGAGACAAGCCAUAUGUGGGGAUUGUGCUCUACAGUCAUGCGCCAGCACACAGCAAUGCAGCCCUAUAUCACAACGAAGCGCGGGUGCAAGGCGAAGUAAGGCUCGACAUCAGGAAGAAGGACAACAUCAAGAGCAUCAAUGUUUGGCUUACUAUUGCGGCGGAAAGUGUCCUCGAUAUAUUCACCCCGCCGAUGUAUGCGUUCACGGCCAACUUGUGGAACCGUGAGAUGGGCGAUCCUCGGAAAAUUGACUCAUCAAAAGAAACUCAUCCAUGGCGAGGACGAUUUCCGAAGGGGACAUUCGUCUUUCCUUUCGAGUUUCCAGAGCUUCCCAAAGAUGUGGUCGUGAAACAUCCAACGGACGGCAAACGUAGAAACCUUGCGCGAGUCCCUUUGCCUCCAACAUACUUCAUAAGCCAAGUGACGGGCUUUUCGGGGGGUAUCAAGUACAUCGUCGGCGUCAACAUCGAGCGCGACGGAUUUAAUGGGAUCGACGACGAGCUUGACAUGCAAUUCCAGUAUCUUCCGCUCUGCAAACCCCUUCCACGUGUUCCAACUGCCUUUCCGUUCAUCCCCACACGCGAGGACUGGCCAUUCAGUCGCGAGACGGUUGGUGGAUGGAUAUUGACGCCGUUUGGGGGUAGAGGUCGAUUGGGUGAGGAGAUGGUAGAGGUUGAGGGCAUAUUGGGCGUCCAAGAUCCACCAGUUUACACCGCCAACGACACGAUUCAAUUCUCGAUUCUUCUGUGGUCCAAGAAUCCGCUGGCGCUGGAGGCAUUAGGGCAGCCUGCGGCAGUCGAGGUUGCUUUCUUGAAAUCAGACAUGUUUGCCCUUGACGUCAUGACCCCACGCACAUCGACGCGCAAGAAUCGAUAUCUUGGUCGAUUGGCAGCGGGGCGGGCUUGGAGGACGGAUGAUGGAAGGCCAGAGGAUGAUGAACCGAUUCCAGAGUUCAAGCUGGUGACGCUUCCCGAGCCAAAGCCUAAAACACUGCCUGAGGGGGGGUCUUAUCGAGUUAAGGGUGCAUCGUCCUCCAGAAUGAAGGAAGUAUAUGUUGCAGAUGAAGAAGACUUGGAAGGGGAGGCCAAAAUAGUGGAGAAACAGACUGGUUUGGCCGAUGAUAGUGAGUCGACGAAGGGCUUGGAGAAUCAGGAUGCCGAAUUGGUGCAGAAACAGAGUGAAGAGCCGGAUUUGGCUGAUGAUGGGGAGUCGACGAAGGAAACUGUGGUUGCAGACGGAGAGAGCGUCACAGAGCGAGCCCCUUCUCCAACCCCGUCAUUGGACGACAUUGAAGAGGAAACGGAAGACCACUUUUUGCGUAUGGAUGGCGAGGUCAAAGUCCCGGCUUGCACCCAUCCCAACUUCCGAUACACCCACAUGGGCCGCGAGUAUGUGGUCCACUUGAUAUUUACCCACCCACAAUACAACCACAUCUCGCCCAAUGCAACCGGAAUCCUCGCAGAAUUUCCGGUCUGGUAUGUUCUUGACCGUUUCGGGCACCACCCACCAAUUCCUGAGCAUCGUCGCAACCUCGUCCAAACGCCCGAGGAUCUCGCAAAACUGCCGAUAGGUGGCACUGCCAUCCCUGUCGGUCCGUCUACGGCGCGUGCUCCGAAAGUGAUAGGCAAGGCGACGGACGAGAAGCGGCCAACAGGGAAGUAUGUCCGGUAUUUCGCGUUUUGA